AUGAAGACAUCAACAAAUAUUCGCUCCGUCAUUUUCAAGGUGCUUGUUUAUUUUCUGUUUUUCUUUAUUGGCAUGGAAUAUGUUCUUGUUUUGCCCUCGCUGAAUGGCCAUUUAAAAAGCAUAAACGUCGAAUCCAGUUGGGUUGGAACAUGCAUCGCCAUGGUCAACCUGGCAGCUCUAAUAACCGCUACGCCCAUCGGCAAACUCGCCGACUACCUUCAAAGCUCAAGAAUAAUGGGCCUCUUUGCUAUCUCCUGCUCCCUCGCUGGCAAUCUUGUGUAUCUUUGUGUUCCUUCACUUCCAUUCAUCAUCAUUUCACGAAUUUUAUCCGGCAUUGGAUCUGGGCUGGAACCGAUUCUUUUUGGAUUUUUGGGGCGAUCUUGCUCGUCGAAAGAUAGAAGUGCGGUUUUUUCAAGGCAUAUGCUUGCGAGAGAAAUGGGCAUUAUUUUUGGACCUGCUUUGAAUCUAGCUUACAAUUCAAUCGACUUCACAUUAUACUGUAACCGCGAGUGCCCUGAAGACUCCAGUGCUAAUGCUCUGCAAUUCUUCAAGCAAAACUCAACCUGCGUGAAUUCCCCCACGCCCGAGGGCUGUGACGAUGACAUAAUCCGCAUCAACGAAUUCAACAUGCCCGCUUUGUUCCUUUCCUGCUCCUGGACAGUGCUCCUUCUCCUCUUCCUCGCCUACUACCAAGAGCCAGCCUCGCCAGUAGAAGGAUCUUCUACUGAAAGUCUUCCGCCGGCGGAAGGCUUCGAGCUUCCAUCCACCGAGGAGUCCGGCCUCAGCCCCAAAAGCGCUCAAAACAUCACCGUUGACGGGUCCGCUCUGAUGGAAUCAAUUCGCUCGCUCAUCGAUAAUCCCUACACUAGCCUGACCGUUUCAAAUCAUUCACUAGGCGCCAGCCCGAGAAAACGAUCAGACAAAGAAGCGAUCAAACCUUCAUCCCCUCUUCUCGAAUCUGAAGAAAACGAUGUCAUCAGCAGUGGCAAAACUUCAACUAGUUCAGUCAAGUUCAGUCCUUUAACAGAACAAUUCGUCGUUAUUAUGAUGUCUUCAUUCUGCGUCAUGUUCUUAGAAAGUGCAAUGGAAGCUUCCCUAACGCCGAUGACGUACAAAUUCUUCCUCUGGGAGACGCAACAAAACUCGCUCUGCUACGUCUACCUCGGUGUCUGCUGCCUGAUCGGCUACAUCGCGCUAAUGCUUCUGCAAGGCCAUUCAAAAGUCAAAUUAAUGGAUCGGACAGCGCUGCUCAUUGGAGCCAUCGGCGUCGGUUCUGCUCAACUCAUCGGCUUCUUUACUUUUCCUCUUGGAUAUUUCGGGGCUCCCUGGAUCUUUCCUGUUUUUAUGGGAGUUCUUGCGCUUUGCUUGGCUACACUUCCCUUCAUGCUGGUCCCUCCAGCGUCAUUAAUGUCUAAAACAGUUCCUCAAGACAAACAAGCGACUCUUCAAGCAGUUCGAAUGAGCUUUCAAAAGGUACGCAAAUUUCAUAUCAAAGAAGCCAAUUUGUAG